GCAUGUCUGUCGUGCAGUGGGGACCCAGCCACCAGCAUAGACAGCUUCCACAUUUGGCUUUGCAGAGGAGGGAGAGAGCCUGACAAUGGGUGAAGUGCCAAAUGGGCUUCUCUCAGUCUUCCAAAGGCUCUGAAGAGCAGGACUUGCGGAUUGCCCUUCUGGGGCUGGACAAUGCUGGAAAGACCACUUUGCUAAAGUAUCUGGCAUCAGAAGAGGGAUUCCACAUCAAAAGUGUCCACGCUCAUGGCUUCAGGCUCAACAUUUGGGACAUAGGAGGACAGCGGGCCAUCCGGGCCUACUGGAAGAAAUACCUGCGCAGCACAGACAUGCUGGAGUUGUCAGAACUAGUGGAAGAGGAGACUCUCACUGGUGUCCCUUUGUUGGUGUUUGCUAACAAGCAGGAUUUAGCAACAGCAUCCCUUGCAGCAGAGAUUGCUGAAGGGCUCAACCUGCACACAUAUUGAGACUGGCCAUGGCAAAUCCAAGCCUGCUCAGCCCUAUCUGGUGAAGGAGUCAAGGAUGGGAUGAACUGGAUUUGCAGCCAGAUCACAAGUUGGAAAAAUGAUAGUGUUAAGCACAGGAAUGGAGUUUCAUUUCUACAGAAUUUCCAGAGGCCACAGGCUCAGUCCUAGUGGUACACAAAAGUUCACAGCGGAAGAUCCAUCAGGAUGAGAAAGGAAGUUUCUCUGAAAGAAUUUCCCGAGCUUUCUGAAAUGCCUAACCUAAUCAGUAGACAACGAUCUCCUCCUGCAAACAUACCCUAAUUUGGGAUGUAAGGCUAGAAUGCUGAAAAUAAUCUAGGAUCUAUAAUUGUGACAAUGUUCCUAUACAAAACAAUGAAAAUACAAACUUACCCCAUACAAACUUAAAAGCAAAAAAACAAUAUUCUCAUAAGCUCAUCUUACUAUCAUGCUAGAUGCAUCCACUGCUUUCAUUGUUGUUGUUGUUGUUAUGUGCCUAAAAUUGUGCUGAUUAUGACUUAUGGCGACCCUAUGAAUCAGUGACCUCUAAGAGCAUCUGUCAUGAACCACCCUGUUCAGAUCUUGUAAGUUCAGGUCUGUGGCUUCCUUUAUGGAAUCAAUCCAUCUCUUGUUUGGCCUUCCUCUUUUUCUACCCCUUGGCCAUUGCUGGACUUCAAGAAUGCAUUUUAAAGCUUCCAGCCUUGCACUUCCAUUUACACUCUCUCUUGCAUUUAGUGCUGACAGUAAAAGUUCUCUAAGGCUAAAUAGCAAUAUGAUUUCCUUCAUUCCUAACUGGGGCCAGAAAAUCAAUAGGAAAACUGAUGCAGAGGAGCUGCUGCUGCUGAAAAGAAUCCCUGAAAAUGUGGGGUGAAAAUGUGUGCAAUUCCUGAACCACCUACAAUGGACAGAGAAAAUUUAGGCUGUCCACUUCUCAGGACUGGAAAAUGAAAGCUCCACCCUGCUGAUGCAUUUCUACUUAUGAAGAUCCUUGCCCGGGGGGGGGGGGAGCAGGGAAAGAGAUUGCAUCCCCUAAACAUGAAUAUGUUCUUGCUGGUCUAGGAACCCCAUCAGGCCCUGUCCUGAGGUGGAGCCAUAACAGGGGCAGUUGUGUUUCAGUAAAGUGGCCUGUAGCCUCUAGGCUGGUACCAGUUUCUGAACUGGUGGAUCAAAAGAUGGGUUAACUGGGACAUCCUUCACACUGCUAUGAUGGAGUUGUUUUCAGCACUGGGAUGCAUGGAUCAAAUGAGGGACUAUGGUUGCUUCCACACCAGCCAUUUUGCCUGAUUGGACAUCAUUUGUUAACUCAGCUCUUUUGGGAGUAUCCACCAAUGAUGCCAGCCCAUUGCACACCAGUGUUUUCUGCAUACCCCUCCCAUCUUUUUUCAGUCCUGAUUUAUAGUGAAUUUGUUGGUCUCAAAAAGCAGUUGCUGCUCUAGUGCAACUGUAGAACUGCUACUGAGGUUUUUUAAGGCUACCAUCCAUUUAGUCAGUUGCUAAUUUACAAAUGGUUAAAUAAUUGCUCUUACUCACUCAUGGCCAAGGAAUUCCUGGGAGUAAACUCCAUUAAAUUCAGUAGGACUUACUUGUAAGUAGACAUGAUUAGGACUGCACUGUUAGCCUUUAAUGAGUCAGUUCUUGUUUCCUGGGGAGGACCUUUAAUUGGGGCCACAGCAAUUGAUCGUUACAUUUUAAAUUUUUAUUUUGUAGUUGUACUAAUCAUUAGAAGAAGAAAUUGCUCUGGCUGCAAAGAGGAAACCAAUUAAACUCAUUCAAGGGAACAAGAACUAAUUAAAAGUUAAAUUAGGAGUCUCCCAACUACUAGAGAAGCAACUAAUUAGCUAUUUUAAAAGAAAGGGGCAGGGAGAAAACUCUUCAUUAAAGGUAUAGUUGCAGGGGAAACAAGAUGUUUCCUAAAUCAGACUUACCUCUAAGUGAAGAUAUAGUACAACUUUGCCAGAUUGUUAUGGACAAUAUAUUAAGUGCUGUGUGGAACCAUCAUUUUUAUUUCUGCUUCCAACUGAUUGCAGAAAAGUAAUGCCUUGGCAACACUAGUGUGGAAGCAACCUGUGGUUGAAAAGAAAAUACUCACUAGGGUUGCCAGGCUCAGGGCCUGUGACUGAUAUCUAAAGAUAUCUUUAAAAGUUGUGCAGGGGGAAGGGAGAAUUCCACCUUGUGGUUUUUCCCAUUACAGUGUUGCAAGAACACCUGCACUUGGCUAACUUUCUCUUCUGCUAAAGAUACAGGAUCAGUCUCAGGCCCUGAGCCUGGCAACCCUAAUACUCACACAUAAGGGAUGGCAAUGAAUUGAGGAAAGUUCAAAGCUACCCAAAGGAAAGGCAUAUGGAUAAGAUCAUCUGGGAACAAGGAAAGAGUCAUGGUCACGCAUGUCUGAGCGUUAGAAGUCAUGUUGUUUGGGAGGUUAGAGAUAGGGCCAACAAGCACAAUCUUGUUCUCUGAUGCACAUUCAUUUCUAUUCUACUUGAAGAUCUGCAUGGGAAUGUCCUACAAACAUUUACUUGAAUUAAGUGGGAUAAUUCUGUGUAAACAUACAUGGGAUAAAGCUAAAAGAAAGUAUGUCGAACUUGUGAAUGUGAUAAGGAGUGUAGGAAAUGGUCUUUUAAAAAUAUCCUUCAUUGGAAUAAUCUUCUUUAAUUUAAUUUCUGUGUUUCACACAAAUAGACAAGAUCUGAAAAGUUGCACAUUAUUUGUUGUCUGCUCUUUUUUUUUUUUUGCAACAGAACAACACUGCAUCUAGUAGUACUUCCAGACAGGGACUUUACUGUCACAAAGUGAUUGUUCAGAUCUGAUUUUUCUGUGUGCAUUAUUGGCAUGUAACCAUCCACAAACUCACUUUUAGUCUUAGAAUUUUGCUAGGCAUUCUCCUCUUUCGUGACUACACUA